AUGCCGCGUGCACCCUCACCUUCGAUACCAGAGAAGGAGUUCCUAUAUAGCUCUCUCAAGCAGUCGCUGCGCCUCGACGGCCGAAAUACGCUCGAGAUGCGGACACCGACGCUCACGUUCGGACCUGAGCUCGGCUGGGUGGAGUGCUCGCUUGGGAAGACACGAGUCAUCGCGCAAGUCGACGCAAAAAUGGUGAAGCCCCCGCCGGAGCGCCCCCUCGAAGGGAUCAUUUCCAUCCACUCUGAGAUCUCGCCCAUGGCGUCGAGCGACUACGAACCCGGACGGCCGUCCGAUGAAGAAGUGACCAUCACGCGCAUGCUGGACAAGGUCCUGCGACGGAGCGAUGUCGUGGACAAGGAGUCGCUCUGUGUGCUUGCCGGGCAGCGCGUAUGGCAUCUCCGCCUGACGAUACACUGUCUGGCCGACGCAGGGAACAUGCUGGACUGUUCGUGUCUCGCCGGCAUUAUUGCGCUCAAGCAUUUCCGCAGACCCGAGGUCGAGGUUGUGGGCGACGAAGUCACCAUACACCACCCGUCGGAGCGCGCACCCGUGCCUCUGUCCAUGCACCACAUGCCGUACUGCCUGACGUUCGCGUACUUCCCCGACACCACGAUCGCGCCCGUACUCGACCCGUCGCGCCUCGAGCAGCGCCUCAGCGCCGGCUUGCUCUCGAUUGCGCUGAAUGCGCAGCGCGAGCUGUGUGUCGUGCAAAAGGCUGGCGGCGUACCGCUCGAUCCAGACGAGGUGCUGCGGAUAGUGGACAUCGCGGUGGGCAAGGUGAAGGAGCUAGAUGGAAUUGUGGAGGCGCGACUGAAGGAGGACUGGGCGGGGCGCGUCGUCGAGGUUCUGUAA